AUGGAGUCAUUCUUUCUUACAGUUGCUGCAGCCCAAGCCAUAGCAGAAGAAAGAAGAAUCCAAAGUGGCAUUAGCCCUCUUGCAGUCCAGACCUCAAUAAACAUCAAGACAGCAACUAAACCAGUGAUAGAUGGCUCCACUCUGAGAACAGAAGAAAGACAAAGACUGGCCAGGGAGCGUAGAGAAGAGCGAGAAAAGCAACAUGCUGCCAAAGAGACACAGAUCCUGGAAAAGGAGAGAAAAGCAAAACUCCAGUAUGAAAAACAGUUAGAAGAAAGGCAGAGGAAGCUAAAAGAGCAGAAGCAGAAAGAGGAACAACGGAGGGCAGCAGUAGAAGAAAAGAGAAAACAAAAAAUAGAGGAGGAAAAGGAGCGAUACGAAGCUGUUAUGCAUCGCACCUUGGAACGGAACCAGCGACUGGAGACACGACAGAAGAGGUGGUCGUGGGGAGGCUCUGUCACUCCAGAUUCAGAGAGCAAACCUGAACAACAGACUGCUGAUGAAGGUGGAACUGAUGGCAGCAAGAGGUCCACCUCCACAGCAAACCUGAAGCAGACAGAAGCUGUCGUCAGCAAGCGGUUGUCAUCCUCUGCCGCGCUUCUCAACGCUUCUGAUCGAGGUACCACAAAGAGGAGUGCCUCAUUAAACAGACUGAAUAACAAAGUUCCUCUGCAUUCGCAGCAGUCAGCACUCAAAGGUUCACAGGUGGAACAGAAAGGAGGAACAGAGAAGAAGAGGAGCACAUCUUUGAGUAGAAUGAGUAGUAAACCCCAAUCCUCUCCAGACCUAGAAAAAGUGAAAAAGGAAGAAAAAACAGCUCGUCGCUCCCAGCUCAGUCCCCUGGACAGUAGCGUAAUCAGUCGCCUCCUCGCCCCCACACAGGCCUCUUUAGCUAGGAGUAAAAGUGCUGCUACAUUGUCGGCUGAUGGACAAGAUCCCUCAGAAUCUCACCUCUGUCCUCGUUCAGCUUCAGCCAGUUCCGUCAAUUCCCCAGCUCCUAAAGUGCCCGUGCGCAGUCGUAGCAUCGACAGAUUGAAGUCUUCUCUAUCUUCAUCUGAUGCAAGCUCACCAGAUUCAACUCAGAAAUCAGAAGCUGACAAACCAUCGCCAGGUUCUGGUUUCAGGCGCCCUCCCUCACCGUCUGUGUCUGUCCAUAGAAGAUCCCCUUCUCCUGCUAAUGUGGUGAAGCGUCCUCCAUCACCAUCCACACUUAGGCAAAAGACUCGCCCACCUUCACCUAGUGUGUCAAAACAAAGGCCACCAUCUCCUACUCCAGUCUCUAAACCAGCACCCAUCCAACGUCCACCUCUCACACCAGGUGUUAUAAACAUUACCAAAAAGAAAACUGAAGUAGAGAGCAAACCAAAAGAUAAGAGCACAGAAGGAACAGGGCAAGAACAAGGUGCUUCACCAGCCUUGGACAGGGAUGCCAUUGCAGCUAGCACAAAGACCAAAGAAGAAUCAGGUAGCAAAUCAGUAGCAGGGACCACCACAGCUGAGGAAGCUGCUAAAAUCUUAGCAGAGAAACGGCGUCUAGCACGGGAGCAAAGGGAGCGUGAAGACCAAGAAAGAAUGCAGAGACAGGAAGAGGAGAGAAUCAGAGAAGAAGAGAUGGCCAAGAGAGCACUGGAGGAAAAGGCACGGCGGGAGGAAGAGCUCCUCAAGCAGGAGGAAGAAAAGAAACUGGCUCAUGAAGAGCAACAAAGACAAGCUGAGGAGGAGAGGAUCUGCAGAGAGCAGGAGGAGCAGGAGAAGCUUGCAGAGCUUCAGCACCAGAGAGAAGAAGCCGAAGCAAAAGCUCAAGAAGAGGCUGAAAGACAGCGGCUGGAAAGGGAGAGAAUUAUGCAGCAAAAUAUGCAGGAAAGGCUUGAAAGAAAAAAGAGGAUUGAAGAAAUAAUGAAGAGGACACGGAAAUCGGAUCAAAACGAAGCCAAGUUGCAGAAUGAAGGGAAGGCUGCCUCUGAGGCUAUGGAGGGAGAGGAUAUUGAAGAGGAGGAAGAGCUGAGUCUUGAGAAGACUGAUCAGCCAGGAAAGCUAAAUGGUGUUGACUUACCCCAGGACGUCAAGGAGGAGGAAGAGGGUGGUUUAGAAACUGCACACAGCUUAAUCUCUGCAGAGUGUGAGGAACAAGAUGUGUCAGAGCUGAAGGCCAGUGAAGUGUUUAUGAAUGGAGGUGACCUGCAAAGUGUUGCUGAAUUACAGGAUUCCAGUCAUCCUGCGGAAGAAGUGGUUGUUGAUGACCCAGUGAAGUUGGGGGUUAAUGAAGCUGAUCAUACAAUUGGAUUUAUUCAGAAUCUGAAUGGCAAAUCUGGCUCCUGGACUUUUGAGGAGUUCAUUGAUGUUGGAGUACAUUCCAGGUCGGCCAAGCUGAGCUCAGACAGCAUCUCUGCUGGGGACUGUAAACACAACUUGAAUGAUGCUGCUGCUACAUUACCUUCUAGUCCCAAGUUGGCUUUUGAGGAAGAUGGUGCAGUGAAUUCAUUGACCAAACCUAUAGAUGCUUCAUCAGGUAAUCCAAGCUGA